GGAAUUCUGACCUGGUGAUACACCAGAGGAUUCACACUGGGGAGAAACCGUAUGGUGUCCAGAUUGUGGGAAAAUUUCACUCGAAAUUCUGACUUGGUGAUACACCAGAGAACUCACACAGGAGAGAAACCAUAUGAGUGUCUGCAUUGUGAGAAAAGUUUCAGUCAGAACUCUUACCUGGUGAUACACCAGAGGAUUCACACAGGAGAGAAACCGUAUGAAUGUUCAGAUUGUGACAAAAGUUUCAGUCGAAAUUCUGACUUGGUGAUACACCAAAGAACUCACACAGGAGAGAAACCGUGUGAGUGUCCAGAUUGUGGGAAAAGUUUGACUCGGAAUUCCAAUCUGAUGAUACAUCAAAGGACUCACACUGGAGUGAAACCAUAUGAUGGUCCAGAGUGUGGGAAAAGGUUCAGUACUAAAUCGAAUCUGACAGCCACAUGAAGUAAUCACACAGGAGAGAAACCUUAUGAGUGUCCAGAGUGUGGGAAAAAUUUUAGUCCGAAGUCUGACUUGUUGAUACAUCAGAGGAUUCACACAGGAGAGAAACCCUAUGAGUGUCCGGAUUGUGGGAAAGAUUUUAGUACUAGGUCUAGCCUUAUAAUCAUGUAGGUUUAAUA